AUGGAUGCCCUCACACCUGCCCUUCUGUGCCUUGGUGCCCUGGGUUUCCUGUGGGGCCCAACGGCUGCAGUUGUGGAUUUCCAGGGCCGUUACUUCAUCACGGCUUUCUUGGAGAAUGGGGGCGCCGACAAGCCCAACUUCCGGCUGUACGUGUCGCCACCCCCGAAGGGGCCCCCGACGGCUGUGCAAGUGAGGGCGUAUCCGGUGGGGGGACCGCCCUUUCGGCGCGCGCUGAGCCUGCUGCCAGGCAUCACUGCAUUGGUGCGGCUGCCCGGCGCCGUGGAACUGCAGGGCUCGCGGCGGGAAGCGGGCGGAGCGGUGCGCUUAGCAGCGUCGCGGCCGGUGGGAGUGACAGUGGUGAACGCACGUGGACGCGCAUCCCUAGACACGGCACUAGCGCUUCCGCGCCGCCUGCUGGGUACUCGCUACGUGGUGGUGACGCCGUCGCUGCAGCCCCACGACCGGCACAAGGAGUUUGCGGUGGUAGCCGGCGCUAGGCCCACGCGCCUGCGCCUCACGCCUCCCGUGCCCAUCCUGCUGGAUGGCGUCGAGCAUGCUGCCAGCCGGCCCCUCCUCGUACAUCUUGAGCCCUUCCAGGCGCUGCAGGUGCAGAGCGCAGGUGAUCUGUCAGGCACCCGCGUCGUGGCCACUCAUCCCGUCGCGCUGCUGGCUGGCCACAGUUGCCUGCAAGCGAGAGAUAAGGCCUGUGGCCACGUGUCCGAACAACUGCUGCCCCAGGAUUACUGGGGCCGCGUCUACGCCGUGCCCCCGUUCGCGCCCGCGGCUCCGGGACCCAGAGAUCAUGUGUACGUGGCUGCUGACAGUUUGGGCAGCCUGAACUUCUGGGGGGGCGGUGCCAAAGGGGCGCGGGCUCUGGGCCUUGGAGCCGUGCUGCACUUCGCGGUGGACCCAGUGCGCCCCCUGGUGCUGCGCUCCUCCGCCCGCCUGCAGGUGCUUUUCCUGGCUGCGGCUGCGGCCCGCGGGGGCGUCGCAUACAAUCCCUUUUUCGCUCUCUUGCCCCCGGUGGACGCGUUCAGCCGCAGCUUCGCGCUCACCGCGCAGCCGGGCUUUUCCAACGUGGCGGUGCUCGUGGCGCGUGAGCCCACCCUGGUGCUCCUAGAUCGGCAGCCGCUGCCCAACCUGCACUGGCGCCUCAUCCCCGGCGGCCCCGAGCCGCCGCACGGGCAGCAUUCUGGUCAAAGUCAGGCCCCCACUCAGGGUUUCGCCUGGACUGAGGUGGCAUAUGGGCUUGGGCAAGGAGUAGUGCACUUCCUGGAGACUCGCGGGACGCCCGUGGGCGUGCUUAGCUUCGGCACCGCCCCGGGCGCUGGCUUCGGGACCCAAGCCUCGCGGCAGCCAAGCGUGAGUGAGCAGCGCUCGCGCCCAAGACAAUCGGAAGAUAUUCUGAGUGAAGAAGAUCUGAACCUUCCCACAGAAUCCUAUCCCCUCAUAGAGUCUUCCCUGAUGAUGCCACUCCGGUUCCCAGGAUCCUGUAAGGACCACGCAUGCUCCGAUGGGACCACAUGUCAUCUUGUAAAGCACAAACCUGAGUGUGUGGCCAGCACGAAGACCACAUUUGGGUCUGACAUCGUGUUCAGUUCCAAGACAAUAUCUCUGAAGGACCUCGAAACAGCGUCCAUCUCCAGCUCUAAAACCAUGGCAGUGGCCAAACCAGGAUCAGAAAGCACACCUGAAGCAGAACCAGGACUUGUAGCAGUGACCAUGGCUUAUCCAGGGUUUGCACAAGAGGCUUUGAAUGAACCUCAGCCUGAAUCUAUAGCUUUGGUUGAACCAGAACCUGGACUUCUGUCUGUAAAAGAACCAAUUCCCGAAACCCUGACUGUGGCUUUAUCGGCACCUGUACCUUUCCCCCUGCCAAUGCCCAUAGCUGAACCAGAGUCCAAACCCAAGAUAGUGUCUGGGUCUAGGUCAGAAACUGUCUCAGUGGCCAAGUUGGGGCUCAAGGUGGUGGCAGGGACUGAACCAGGCUUAGAGGCUGUGACUAUGGCAAAACAGGAACUUGAAACUGUGUCUGGGUCCAAAAUGGCGUCUCAGGCCAAAUCAGAGACAGUGGGUGUCUCUAGUAAGAGGCAGGGGGGCAUCCCAGGGGGUACCUGCUGGGCUUCCGGGCUACCAUACAUCUACACUUUUGAUGGCUACUCUUUCCCUGUGCCUGGGGGAUGUACCUACAUCCUGAGCCAUUGCCCUCAGGCCCUACCCAGUGGCCUUCCUGCCUUCCAGCUGUGGAUCGCCUGCUCUGGAGGGAGGCAGCCCGUGCGCUUUGUCACAAUGCGUGCUUUUGGCAUCACCAUCACUGCUGUCAAACAUGACUUCGGCUUUGUCCGGGUAUCCAGUACCUUCAAAUUCUCAGGACCUCAGAUUUACACUGUCAUCAAAUAA